CUAAGUUGCCAACCCAGGACAAUGAAGAUAAUCAGAGAACUCUUGGUUUACCGCCGGUUCUUUCUUACUGUUUUUACUCCUCUUCUACUGCUUCCACUGCCUCUCAUCAUCAGAACCAAAGAAGCGGAAUGUGCAUACACGUUGUUUGUGGUUGGUGUCUUCUGGCUUACAGAAGCUUUGCCUCUGGCUGUUUCUGCAUUAAUUCCUGCUUUAAUGUUUCCACUGUUUGGAAUAUUGCCUUCAAAAAAGGUAGCAUCUGCUUAUUUUAAAGAUUUUCAUCUGCUCUUGACUGGCAUAAUUUGUCUGGCAACGUCAAUUGAAAAAUGGAAUUUGCACAAGAGAAUUGCCCUGAAAAUGGUGAUGCUGGUGGGUGUUAACCCUGCAUGGCUCACCCUUGGUUUUAUGAUCAGCUGUGCAUUUCUAUCGAUGUGGCUUAGCAACACUUCUACUGCUGCUAUGGUGAUGCCAAUUGUAGAGGCGGUGGCUCAGCAAAUCAUUAGUGCAGAAGCUGAAGUAGAUGCAAUGGAUAUGACAUAUGCAAAUGGAACCGCUAAUCCUGCCCUGGAACUUGAAGAAAAUAUUAGUGAGUGUGAAACACCUGACUGGAAAUCCACUAAAGUUGAAGGAUACAGCAAUGGAGCUGCUCAAGCUGUGUGUGACAUUGAAAAUGAAAAGAAUUCAGAAUUGAGCCAACCUGAAAGACGGUACCGGAACAAAAAAGACCAUAUGAUAUGUAAAAUCAUGUGUUUGUGUGUUGCCUAUUCAUCCACUAUUGGAGGACUGACUACCAUCACUGGGACAUCCACCAAUUUAAUAUUCGCAGAACAAUUCAAUACACGAUAUCCUGGUUGCCAAUGCAUUAAUUUUGGAUCCUGGUUUAUUCUUUGCAUCCCAAUCACGGUUAUUAUUUUGAUACUCUCCUGGAUCUGGCUUCUGUGGCUUUUUCUGGGUUUCAACUUGAAAGAAAUGUUCCGGUGCGGCAAGGAAAAGACAUCUAGAGAACAAGCUUCAGCACAAGUGAUCAAAGAAGAAUACAGGAAACUUGGACCAAUAAGCUAUCCUGAAAUUGUCACCCUUGUCCUGUUCAUUCUGAUGGCCCUUUUAUGGUUUACUAGAGAUCCUGGAUUCAUCCCUGGCUGGUCGUCUUUAUUUCCAAAAUAUCCAGGCUUUGCUACAGAUUCAACAGUGGCUUUACUAAUUGGGCUCCUCUUCUUCAUUAUUCCUGCGAAAAGAUUGUCUAGAACUUCAAAUGGAGAAAACAUUGUUUUUGACUACAGUCCACUGAUAUCUUGGAAGGAAUUUCAAGCAUGCAUGCCCUGGGAAAUUGCCAUACUUGUUGGCGGUGGGUUUGCACUGGCUGAUGGCUGUGAGGACUCAAAACUCUCAGCCUGGAUUGGAAGCAAAUUAACUCCGUUAGGAUCACUACCCAUAUGGCUAAUAAUUCUCAUUUCAUCUUUGAUUGUGACCACAAUAACUGAAGUGGCCAGCAAUCCUGCUACAAUCACUAUAUUUUUGCCUAUCUUAGCCCCUUUGGCUGAAGCCAUCCAUGUUAACCCGCUUUAUAUCUUGAUACCAUCAACCCUCUGUACAUCAUUUGCAUUUUUGCUACCAGUAGCAAACCCACCCAAUGCCAUUGUAUUUUCUUAUGGUCACCUGAAAGUUAUCGAUAUGGUAAAAGCUGGACUGGGUAUAAACAUCAUUGGAGUUGCUGUUGUGAUGCUCGCCAUUAUGACAUGGGCACAGCCAAUGUUCAACCUCCAUACAUAUCCAGCUUGGGCACCCUUUCCUUCUGCUUCUAAUAUCAGUGUACAUUAAAGGAAGAAGAGCAGGUGCUUUCCUUCUUUCUCCCAACGAUGGUGCUAGUUGAUAGAUCUGUAUGGCACAGUACAGCUAUGAUCUACGAUAAGUUGUGCUUCAUUGUUCCUUGUCCUAAGUACUGGUACAGCUGGCUGGAAAUCCACAAAACAAGAAUGUUACAACCUGAAUAAUGCAACAGAAAGUAAGUCUGUACAAAGGAUCAGUCAGUUCUUCCUGUUAAGACUGUAUUCGCCAGAGUUAGAAAAUGGCAUUUGUACAUUAUGCACAUUCAUUAUGAAUGAUAAUUUGUCCCUGUUUUUGGGUCACAAAAUAAAAUAGUAUGAUUGUUAGAAUAAUGAUGGAAGAACUAUAUAUGGACAGACAGAUAGACAGAUUAAUUAAUGUAUGAGAAACAGAGACUUUAGAUACUAGGAACCCAAUGUUUUUAAUUUAUUAGUCAAUAAAUCCCCUAGUCCCAUCUUCUUCCAAGAUGCUGACCCUUAAUGUAUUCAUAUGAUACAUUUGAUACUAUCAACUAACACUCCCACUUUCCCAAUGAUGACAUUUAUUGGCUAAAGGGAAAAAAUUCCAAACAAGUAAUGAAAGCUUUAGAAAUUCAACCUAUCAUGCUAUGGAUGUAACAUGACAGAUACAGUAGGAUAAUUUAUAUUAAGAGAUUCAUACUAUUCCACAUUAUGUUCAUUAUUUGAUAUCAAAAAACCCUUUAUUCUGAGGAUGAAACUCCAUCCUUUAAUUAAGAUUAGAAAAGUUUACUUGAUCAUAUGGAUUUGAUAUAACCAAUUGCUUAUGAAAAAUACAUCUCAGCCAAUUCUUAGUGCUUUAUUUUUUGAACUAAAAAUUUAAGCACCUUUUUCAUUAAUAAAACUCAUCCUCAAUCAAUCAUGAAUUCUCAUGAUUACAUGGACAUGUCCAUGCAGUUGUCUUGGCAAUAGCACAAAAAGUGUUUGCCAUUAUAAGUGUUUCUUCCAGAAACGGGUUUUUGGGUUGUUGUUUUUAUCAGCCUAGAGCUCUGGAGUCUCUGGUGAAUUUUCCACCCAAUUAGUAGCCAGUCCCAAUUAUUCUUAUUGCCUUAUAUUCCAACUGUACUGUGUAGGUCCAUUUUAAUGAAAGCAAAUAAUCUUGGAAGAAUUAUAAUAAUUUCUUGCCCUCUGAUUGAAAUUUUGGUUAAAAAUCUGGUUAUGUAUGACUGCUACUAAAAUUUAUGGUAGUUUUUUAAAAACUUUAUAGAAACAUGAUAAUGUCAAAUAGUAUCUUUAUAACAUUUCUUAGUCUGAGUGCCUGCUAAAUAUUCUGUUAAAAGAAAAUGGAAUAACAUUUUUUAAUAUAUUUAUUUUGUGCUUUUGUACUAAAAUAUAUCUUUCUUUUAAACUAAAUAUGUUGUUGAAUAUUUAUGUAUCACCAACGUUAAACGCUGUAAAUAAAAUAUUCUGUGCAAUUACUUCA